GGUUACAACAAGAGCAUAUCUGCUGCUGAAGUGAUAAUCCGCUUUGCUUUCCAAGCCUCCAUCACAGUCCUGUGCAUUGCGUGUCCCUGUUCUCUGGGAUUGGCCACCCCCACGGCUGUCAUGGUUGGUACUGGAGUAGGAGCCCAGAAUGGAAUACUGAUCAAAGGAGGAGAGCCCUUGGAGAUGGCACAUAAGGUGAAGGUGGUUGUAUUUGACAAAACAGGUACCAUUACUCACGGGACUCCAGAAGUGACACAGGUGAAGUUUCUAGUGGAGGGCAACCAACUACCACAUAAUAAAAUGCUGGCGAUAGUGGGGACUGCAGAGAGCAACAGUGAGCAUCCUCUUGGAGUAGCAAUAACAAAAUACUGCAAGAAGGAACUGGACUCGGAAACCCUUGGGACAUGUACAGACUUUCAGGUGGUUCCAGGCUGCGGCAUUAGUUGCAAAGUCACCAAUGUUGAAGGAUUAGUCUACAGGAAAAAUCAAAUGGUUGAAGAAAACAACAUUAAAAACGUGACACUGGUGAAAAUUGAGGAAAAUAUGGAGGAAUCGGUGCAGCCUGCUUUGAUUAUUGACGCUGAGCUACCAGCUACUAGGACUUCCCAGAAAUACUCCGUUCUCAUUGGGAACCGGGAAUGGAUGAGCAGAAACGGCCUUGUUGUUAAAAAUGAAGUGGAUAAAGCCAUGAUGGAACAUGAGCGGAGAGGUCGCACAGCAGUUCUAGCAGCUGUUGAUGGAGUUCUUUGUGGCUUGAUAGCUAUUGCUGAUACUGUGAAACCAGAAGCUGAGCUUGCAGUGUACACUCUGAAGAGUAUGGGAUUAGAAGUUGUCCUGAUGACUGGUGACAACAGCAAAACAGCAAGAUCUAUUGCCUCUCAGGUUGGCAUCACCAAAGUGUUCGCAGAGGUUCUUCCCUCCCACAAAGUAGCCAAAGUGAAACAGUUGCAAGACGAAGGAAAGCGGGUGGCCAUGGUUGGAGACGGCAUCAAUGACUCCCCAGCUCUGGCUAUGGCCAAUGUGGGAAUUGCUAUUGGCACUGGUACUGAUGUAGCCAUUGAGGCAGCUGAUGUGGUUCUAAUUAGGGAUGACCUGAUGGAUGUGGUAGCAAGUAUAGAUCUAUCAAGGAAAACUGUGAAAAGGAUCCGGAUCAACUUUGUCUUUGCUCUAAUUUAUAAUCUCGUUGGAGUUCCCAUAGCUGCUGGUGUUUUCCUGCCCAUUGGUUUGGUUUUGCAGCCCUGGAUGGGAUCUGCAGCCAUGGCUGCCUCCUCUGUUUCUGUUGUGCUUUCUUCUUUGCUAUUAAAGAUGUACCAGAAACCAAGUCCUGAGAAACUUGAGUUCCGGGCCCGUGGCCAAAUGAGGCACAAGAGCCCAUCGGAAAUCAGUGUCCACAUUGGAAUUGAUGAGACUGGGACAGGCUCACCUAAACUGAGCUUAAUGGAUCGAAUCAUCAAUUACAGUAGAGCCUCUAUAAACUCUCUCUUUUCAGACAAGCGUUCAGUGAACAGUGUAGUUCUUACUGAACCAGAUAAGCAUUCACUUUUGGUGGGAGAUUUCGGAGAAGAUGAUGACACAGCAUUGUGAAGGACUUGCCCCCUCCCUCC